AUGUACGAAGCGCCCCCUGAAAUUGCCAUCCAUAUUGAGUGUUACCACUAUGAGACGACUGUCCAACACUACACUGACUCAAAUGGAAAUUCUGGCACCCGAACCGUCACAUACCCCGUUGUCGCCUACGAGGAAACAGAACCAGUCUUGAUCACUUCCUGGAAGGACGAGUCUGAGCAGCUCAAGUCGAGCCAGAUCGAGUUUGAAAUCACCAAGGUUCGAAUGAGUAAAACCUUCACUGCAGAUGAGACAUUUCUGGAGCAGUGCGAGAGCUUUGUCAAUCGCAACCGUUGGAAGGAUCAAUACUACAACUUUGCAACAAUCUACAGCAUCGAAGGAUUCAAGGAGAAGCUGCUUGCCUUUACAGACUUGAAAAGGAAGCCACAGAUGUUGGACUAUUGGAUCUAUGUGUUGGCCCACCUUUUGAUAUUUCCAGCCUUGCCGUACCGCAUGUGGCUGAGCUCCAUCACGGGCAAAUUGGACCCAGUCAUCCACAAAAGUGUUCAGACCUGCAACCGAGAUGAAGUUGAAGGCUUGACGGAGCGGGCUCGGCUACUGAAUCGGUUGUUCGCUGGGUUGAUAGAGCCCAACACGGCGCCAAAAAAGUUCCAACGGGGAACCUGCCAUGGCAACUGCAGCAAUCGCAGGGACACACACGGUAGAGGACGGAGCAAUACUGCCAAUAGCAACGGCAACUCCAGCCCCCACUACCGGUAA